AUGCCUGCUUGGACCGUUCAGAACCCCUCAGCCCUCAUUGGUAAUGUUCCGGUACUCGACGGCAACUCAGUUACGUUCCCAGCAUGGCGUACCCAGCUUGAAGACCUUCUUGCGAUUCAAGGUGUACACGACAUCGUUACCGGCAAGCUCCCUCGACCGGAAACUGAUCAGAAAGAAGCAAAACCAAUCGCUCAAGGCUCUCAGCGGGUUUACUUCGCCGAGGAAUCCGGUACCGAUUGGGACUCCUUAUCCGAAGUGGCUCGGGCCACUAUGAAAAUGACUUUGUCGGUCGACUUGGCGAUCCGAUACAAAGAUUUGAAGCCUGCCAGCCUCCUGUUUAAAACGAUCUGCGAUGCGUACGAGAAAAACACUCGGGCAAGGCGAAUGAUGCUGGAGGAUUCUUUCUGGUGCGCUCGUCACGACUCGAGUCAACCCAUCGCGAAGUGGAUCGCGAAGAUCCGGAAUGCGGCAUCUGACCUCAAAUCCGUCAAGCUCACUCCGGCAGAUCAACAGAUAUGCGAUCGCCUCCUUCGUGGUCUAGACAACACUUGGAAGCCGAUUCGGGACCACCUCGUCUACUCGCCCAACGAGAUAUCUCUUGACGACGCCAUUGGGGCGCUAGAGGCCCACAAAGUAUCUAUGCAGGUUACCUUUGACCACUCGGGCGAUAAUUACGCAGCCGCUGCUGUAGCAAAACCGAAGAAGAGACUCGGCUGCUGGAACUGCGGGCAAACCGGUCACCAUUCGUCCGCAUGCCCCAACCCCUCUCUCAAAAACAAAUCGAAUGCAACAGCCAAAUCAGCUGUAGUGCGAGCCGGUGCAACCUCUGCGGCACCUCUCGGCAACGGUGGACCUAGCGAUGAUGAAGACGAUGACAGCUUCGACGAAGAAAUUGACGUCGUUUGGGGAUGA